CACCCGGGCCGGAGCAGGAGCCCGGCGCCUGGCGUCCCCGAGACACUCGCAGCGGAAGCGCCGGCGGCUCCGCACGCGUCCGGCUGCUGGGGCCGGGACAGCGCUCCGUCGGGAUCCCGAGCUCGGCACACCGGACUGACCCCGGGCCACCUGGGGGCCCCGGCGACUCUGAGCUUGAGCGGCGGCAGGACCCCCGCGCACGCGGGAGCAAGAUGCGAGCCACUCCUCUGGCUGCUCCUGCAGCUGCCCCCUCCAGGAAGAAGCGGUUGGAGUUGGACGACAACCUAGACACUGAGGCUCCCACCCGGAAACAAGCUCGAAGUGGGCCCCCGCCCAGGCUGCCCCCCUGCCCACUGCCCCUGAGCCCACCCCCUGCUCCACUCCGUGCCCCUGCUGUGACCACCGCCUCCCGGCUUGGGCCCUAUGUCCUCCUGGAGCCUGAGGAGGGCGGCCAGGCCUACCGGGCCCUGCACCGCCCCACAGGAGCCGAGUACACCUGCAAGGUGUACCCGGUCUGCGACGCCCUGACGGUGCUGGAGCCCUACUCGCGGCUGCCCCCCCACGCGCACGUGGCCCGGCCCGCCGAGGUCCUGGCGGGCACGCGCCACCUCUACGCCUUUUUCCCGCGGCCGCACGGGGACAUGCACAGCCUGGUGCGCCGCCGCCGCCGCCUCCCGGAGCCCGAGGCCGCCGCGCUCUUCCGCCAGAUGGCGGCCGCCCUGGCGCACUGUCACCAGCACGGGCUAGUCGUGAGAGACCUCAAGCUGCGUCGCUUCGUCUUCACCGACUGUGAGAGGACGAAGCUGGUGCUGGAGAACCUGGAGGACGCCUGCGUGCUGACUGGGCCGGAUGACUCCCUGUGGGACAAGCACGCGUGCCCGGCCUACGUGAGCCCCGAGAUCCUCAGCUCACGGGCAUCCUACUCAGGCAAGGCGGCGGAUGUCUGGAGCCUGGGCGUGGCGCUCUUCACCAUGCUGGCCGGCCGCUACCCCUUCCAGGACUCAGAGCCCGCCCUGCUCUUUGGCAAGAUCCGCCGUGGGGCCUUCGCCCUGCCUGAGGGCCUCUCGGCCCCCGCCCGCUGCCUGGUCCGCUGCCUCCUUCGACGGGAGCCGGCUGAGAGGCUCACAGCCACGGGCAUCCUGCUGCACCCCUGGCUGCGGGAGAACCCGGUCCCGUCAGUCCCAUCCCGAUCCCACCUGUGGAAGGCUGACCAGGUGGUCCCCAAUGGACCAGGGCUGGAGGAGGCCGAGGAAGAGGAGGGAGAGAGAGAAGUGGGUCUGUAUGGCUAGGGCUAUCCCACCAGACACUGAGCUGCAAACAGUGGAUGGAGUUUGGGUGUCUCCAAGCUCUCUCCUACCUCUUUGAACUGAGCCAGACCUUAAGUGCCUUCUAGGGGGAGGGAGAAAGGAGGAGGCAUGUGUGGA